CCAAACCUAUAAAUAAAACACCUGAACUAAACCCCCUCUUCUCAUCACCACCUUUCAAGUUUCCAGUUUUAACUCCGAUAAGCUAAAGAGUCUUGAAUUUCUGUAACGAAAAAGCUAUGGAGGCCAAGAUCGGCAAGUUCUUCGAGUCCGUCGGCUCCUUCUUCGGCGGCGGAGAUCAGAUCCCUUGGUGCGACCGCGACAUCAUCGUCGGCUGUGAGAGAGAAGUUUCUGAGGCUGGUGAUGCAAAUGAACGUAAGAGUGAAAGCAUUAUGAGGUUGUCUUGGGCUCUUGUUCAUUCAAGGCAACCAGAAGAUGUGCAACGUGGGAUAGCCAUGCUUGAAGCUUCCUUGGCCAACGCUAGUAGUCCUUUGGAGCAGAGGGAGAAGCUCUAUCUUCUGGCUAUUGGGUAUUACAGAAGUGGUGAAUACUCGAGGAGUCGGCAGCUUGUGGACCGAUGUUUAGAGAUUGCACCUGAUUGGAGGCAGGCUCUGACCCUUAAGAAGACUAUUGAAGAUAAAAUUGCUAAAGAUGGUGUUAUUGGAAUAGGCAUCACGGCCACUGCCGUGGGACUUCUUGCUGGUGGGAUUGCUGCAGCAUUCGCUCGCAAGAACUGAGAACUCCCAAUCUUAACAAUGUAAACAGUGAGUCGCUUCCAGAUUUGGCUUCUUUUAAUAGUUUGAGUUUUCCCCGUGAAAGAAUGUAUCAAAAUGGCUAUAUAUUGAGAAAUAGAUUUGAACAAUUACCAAAUUUAAGACACCUUUUAUGUUAUGGAAGAAGAAGGCCUUUUGAAUA